AUGAAACCAUUCUCGCCCUACAGUUGGUUCUGGCGCAGCAAGAGAAGCAAUUGCGACGCUUUGCGCUAUACCGAGCAAGACAUAGUUAACAACCAUGGCGACGACAGCGCCAUGAGCAUCAUUGAUACUGGCAUCUACGGGGCGUUGUGCCGAGUUCGCCUGCAGAACACAUCGAGGGCGUUGGUGGUGAAGAAGCUGCAGAACGAGAGCGGAACGCUGGACGCCAGUGUGGACGACCGAUGCCAGAAGGAGGUGAACUUGCUGGGCGGCAUCUGCCACGGCAACAUCAUCAGUCUUAGAGACUGCAUUCGGAGGGAGAACUUCAUCCUGCUCGUCUAUGGCCACGCCGAGAACGGAAGCCUCCACCAGUGGCUGCACCCUCUCCUCCAGCUGGCCGGGGAGGAUGAUCGGCGGCGGCCCCCGCUGGACUGGCCGGCGAGGCGGGCCAUCGCCAUAGGCGUCGCCGAUGGGCUCUGCUACCUUCACCAUGGACGCAUAAACCCCGUCGUGCACCACAACAUCAACUCUACCAACAUCGUGCUCGACACUGAUCUCAAGCCCAAGAUCGCAGGUUUCGAUUUUGCGCGGGUCAGCCUUGCCGGACCUGACCAACCGGUGCCGGUCUCGGACCUCGCUGCUGGCAAUAUAUUCGGGUACACAGCUCCAGAAUAUGCGACACUGGUGACCGCGAAGGUUGAUGUAUACAGCCUCGGUGUGGUGCUGCUGGAGCUCGUCACCGGGCGGGUGGCCAACGAUGCGGGUGGGGAUGGUCACUUGGCAACAUGGGCACGGAGACACUGCAACCGCCUGACACUACUACACGGAGGUGCACGGACCCUGGCCGCCGCAACGCCGAGCUCUGCCACCAUGGACGCGGCGGACUACGUCGGCUUCGCCUCCAUCCACCCGCACCUCGACGCCUCCUCCGGGGCCGCCGCGUUCCCCAACCCCAAGGGCAGCCGUGGUGGCGGCGGCGCGGGAGGCAUGGUCGCGCCGGGAAGAAGCGUGCACGAGCUGCUCGAGUGCCCCGUCUGCAUCAACUCCAUGUACCCGCCGAUCCACCAGGUUCUUUGA